AUGCAACCAGAACAUGUUAAAAACACCCCCAACAAAAAACAAACACAAUUUUCUUUGGAGUUGCUUGAGUUGAAAUUAAAUGCAAGUGUGCAUAAUGUAAACACAUUAUUCAAAGAUACUCCGGAAGGCUGCUGUAAAGCUUUCUUGUGUGAAAACUAGAGACUUUAAAUAACCCAAAUUUAUUCUUUUUUUUCUUUUUUUUUUUUUUUUCAAAACCAUCUUUGAGGUUUACUAGUGAAGCUUCUAGUGCCUUAUAUUUCCAAUUGCACAGAUAAGCAUCCGUUGAGCAAUGCUGUAGAGAGGAUUGGAACCGCAGUGCAGCCCCCUCCGACAACAAAAGGGUGAGACGUCUGCUCCCCUCGAAAUUUUCCCCUAAAUGAACUUUGUUGCGCCCCAGCCUCAUCUCCAGCGUAAUUCUAGAGCGCAAUGGGCGGUCUGCGUCAUUUCGCUUCAGUCUUUGGUGAAAAGAGCCGCUCCGGAGACGCGUGAGUGCUGCGCGCGCGGGCUGCGCUGCCUUACGCAGGAGGAGGCGUCGUUUUUUAUUUUUUUUCAUUAUUUUUUUAAAAAAAAAUCUGCUCGUCUUUUUACGCGCAGUGCCCGCCCUCCACGGAGAGACUCCUCCACGCACCUUUCAGGGCGCAGAAAGGUAAAGGCCGUCCAUCCAAAUUGUCACAGGACUCACCUCUUCACCACGUCCGUCAUUAGUGCAUUUUUUGUUCUUUUUUGGGGGUGAAUGUGAGUCGGAUCCACGCUGCGAUACUACAGAACAUCUGCAAAUCGCUGCAUCUAGAAACGGAGCGUCGUUUUUUGGUUUAUUUUGCUCUCAUAUUUUCCAGGAUUUUCUGUUUUUGAGCAGGAUUUUUUUUGGAUGGCGCAAAAUGGAAUAAAGCUGCUGUCCAGAGUUGGAACAAUCUUCAAAAUCAAUAUUUAAUGUCUGUAUAGUAUCUUGUUUUAAAGGGAACAGAUGAUGAACUGAACCGCUCUUUUGUUCAAAGAGGAGUUCCCAGACCAGACGCAGCAGAAAUCAGGAGCUAUCAUGACCAAAGCCCGCGGAGGUCCUCCUCAUCACCUGGAAAGCUGCGUUUUGCUGGAGCUUCGAGUCGGAGAGCAGGAGGCUGAGGAGGAGGAGAAGGAGGAGAGGGAGGAUGCUGAGCUGCACGGCCGAGCUGAGGCUUCAGUGAUGGACUGAGCAGGAAGCUGAGGACACUCGGCUUCACUUUCUUCCCCUUUUUUUGUCAUCACAGGCGCGGACUUACUGCAGGUGAGAGGCAGAAGGAGUUGCCCACUUUAAAGUUGGCAUCUUAAGUCUUUAAAGAGCACAGAACUGGCCUUUUCCUCCUUGAAUCUGGACAUCUCUCAGGUCUGCACAAACUGAUCUGGAACCUCAGCCCCGCAAGUGCCCUGGGAACCUGCCAGAUCCAGCCACAGAUGUAACUGAUCUGUCUCCAUUUCUUCACAUUAGAAAGUCCCGUGUUUCUGGCUGCAUGGACACAUCUUCAAAGUCGUGGCUGCCGCAUCAGAGUCAGUUUGGGUUGGUUGGUCAGGCGGAGGCUUGCUGUGGUGGAUCUGGAGUUUUAACCCCAAACCAAUCUCGCAGGGCAAGUUUUGCCUCUGUAAGACAGUCAAGCAUGGAAACCCCUCCCAAUACGACCCCACAGCCCUUCAGGCAGCCUAGUUUUCUCAAUCGAAAACUGAAGGGAUCCAUCAAGAGGGCAAAAAGUCAACCCAAGUUGGACCGGACCAGCAGUUUCAGGCAGAUGAUUUUACCUCGAUUUCGUAGUGCUGACCAGGAGAGGACACGGUUGAUGCAAAGUUUCAAAGAAUCCCACUCCCACGAGUCCCUUCUUUCCCCCAGCAGUGCUGCAGAAGCUCUGGAUCUAGUUCUGGAUGAGGAUGCCAUAAUCAAGCCGGUCCACUCCAGUAUUUUAGGUCAAGAGUACUGCUUUGAGGUAACAACAAAUUCAGGGACAAAGUGUUUUGCCUGCCGAUCUGCUUCAGAAAGAGACAAAUGGAUUGAAAAUCUGCAACGAGCGGUCAAACCAAACAAGGAUAACAGCCGACGAGUGGAUAAUGUGCUCAAGUUGUGGAUCAUUGAGGCUCGAGAUCUUCCAGCUAAGAAGCGCUACUAUUGUGAGCUGUGUCUGGAUGACAUGCUGUAUGCACGCACAACCAGCAAACCCCGCACUGACACCGUCUUCUGGGGGGAGCACUUCGAGUUCAACAAUUUACCCACCAUUCGUAGCCUUCGUUUGCACCUCUACAAGGAAACAGACAAGAAGAGGCGUAAGGAGAAAAGCACAUACAUUGGCCUGGUCAGCAUCCCCAUUUCCAGCAUCACAGGCCGACAGUUUGUGGAGCAGUGGUACCCAGUGAUACAGUCCAGUGUUCUGGCCAAAGGUGGCGGCGUGGGAAGUACCAAAGUCAUCAACGCUUCACUGCGCAUAAAGUCUCGCUACCAGACGAUGAACAUCCUCCCGAUGGAGUUAUACAAGGAAUUCGCCGAAUACAUCACCAACAACUACAGAACACUGUGUGCUGUCCUGGAGCCGCUGCUGAGCGUGAAGAGUAAAGAGGAGGUGGCGUUCGCUUUGGUGCACAUCCUGCAAAGCACAGGGAAAACAAAGGAGUUUCUGUCAGACAUGGCCAUGUGUGAGGCAGAUCGAUUCAUGGACCGUGAACACUUGAUCUUUCGGGAGAACACGCUCGCUACGAAGGCUGUGGAAGAGUACCUCAAACUAAUAGGCCACAGAUACCUCAAGGAAGCUAUAGGUGACUUCAUUCGAGCCUUAUAUGAGUCUGAGGAGAAUUGUGAGGUGGACCCCAUGCGUGUCCCCCCAUCCGUCCUCGCCGACCAUCAAGCCAACCUUCGCAUGUGCUGCGAGCUCUUACUCUGCAAAAUCAUCAACUCCCUCUGCAUCUUCCCCCGGGAGCUGAAGGAAGUCUUUGCGUCUUGGAGAGCCAGAUGUGCUGAGCGUGGAAGAGAGGAUCUUGCUGACAGCCUCAUCAGCUCCUCCCUGUUUCUGCGUUUCAUGUGCCCAGCCAUCAUGUCUCCCUCCCUGUUCAGCCUGAUGCAGGAGUACCCCGCUGAACGCACGUCUCGCACGCUUACGCUCAUCGCCAGGGUGAUGCAGAACCUGGCCAGCUUCAGCAAAUUUGGGCCAAAGGAGGAAUACAUGUAUUUCAUGAACGAGUUCCUGGAGAUGGAGUGGGGCUCCAUGCAGCAGUUCCUCUAUGAAAUUUCCAACUUGGACACUGGAGGAAACGCUGGAGGCUUUGAGGGCUACAUUGACCUGGGCAGAGAGUUGUCCAUGCUCCACAGUCUGCUGUGGGAAGUCAUGGGCCAACUCAGCAAGGAUGCCAUUUUGAAACUUGGACCCCUGCCCCGCCUGCUGAAUGACAUCAGCGUCGCCCUGAGAAACCCGCAGCUCCACAUGCCAACAAAUCAGCAGCCGGAGCGACCGAAGGACAGGCUCUUCACCCGCCCAUCCUUCAAUCGCCUCAUGUCCUCCGACUUCCAAAGCCUUAUGAUGCGUGACUUGAACAGCUCAAUCGACAUCUCUCGCCUUCCAUCUCCCACCACCGGGGUGUCGGCUGUGGAGUCGCUCUCAUCCAAUCUGAACAUGAGGCGUCAGGCGGAGCGCGACUUCCGCUCCUCCAGGGAGGUGUUCUAUGUCACCCGCCCCCCACUGGCCCGGUCCAGCCCUGCAUACUGCACCAGCAGCUCGGACAUCACAGAACCCGAUCCAAAGGUUCACAGUGUAAAUAAAAGUGUGUCCAUGAUGGACCUUCAGGACUCUCGCAUGAACAGCAUCUCCAACUUGAACUCUGUGGGGGACAUGCUUGCCUCCUCUCAAGCCUCCAUAGCUGGUCUCGGUCACAGUUUCGGGAAUCUCGGUGGUCCUCUUCGUGUUGGGGGGCAUUUGCCGCCUGGAUCCUCCGGCUCGGGUCUCCGACUUAGCCAGAUGGGCCACGUGGGGGGCCCUACAGAGUCCAUAUCCCAGCAACAACAACAAGCAGCAGCAGCAAUGCACUUCCCCCUGUCUUUCCAGAACCCUCUAUUCCAUCUGGCAGCCCAGAACUCCCCAGCUCAGUCCCAGCAUCCUGCUCCUCCUCCACCUCUUCUGCUCGCUCCCGAGCCUGAAAAUGGCCACCCCGACUACCCGCCGGCGUUUGGCAACAGCGCUUUUUCUCGCAGCGAGGACUUGUCCGCCCUGCGGUCACAGAGCAGUCUGGUGCAGCCCAGUAUCGUGCACUCACACAGCUACAGUGAUGAUUUCACCCGGCAGAAUCAGAGCAACGAUUACGCCUGGCACCAACUGUCACUGCAGGUGCAGGAAUCUCUCCAGCAACAGCAUCUGAUGGGAGUCACAUCUCAUACAGGCACUGGCACAGGUACUCCCGCCUCCUUAGCCACACCUCCAACCACAGUCCAUCCUGUCCGCCAGACAUCGAUUGCUCCUCACUUAAAGUCCCAGCGUUCUAUUAACACUGCAGCCACUGCCACACCUCCAAAGGUUCGCCCGCAGAGCAGGAACAUCCUCCUUGAUGCCUCUGACACAAACAUGAGCGGUAGCCAGCCAAAAUCACGAUCAAGUCAGCAGGCGGCCCAACAGCAGGCGCCUCAGCAGGACGCGCAGCUGACGGCGACGGAUAGUCCGGCUCCCGGGCUCCCGUUCCAGACCGGUGCCGCCAAAGAGAACCAAGCCCCGGCGGCAGCUGCAGAGGAGUCAACAGACACACCAACCAAAAGCGGCAAGAAGUCACAGCUGCAGCCUCCACAGCAGCAUCUCCUCAAGCCAGUCGCCAACAAACAGGGGAACAUGAAUGAACGGACGGUCGCCUGGGUGUCCAACAUGCCACACCUCUCUGCUGACAUCGAGAGUCUGCGGCCAGACCGUGAGGGGCAGCUCAAAGAGUAUUCCAAGAGCAUGGAUGAAUCCAGACUAGAAAGGGUUAAAGAAUAUGAAGAAGAAAUUCAUAACCUGAAGGAGCGCCUGAAGAUGUCACAUCGCAAACUGGAAGAGUAUGAGCAGAGACUUAUGUCCCAGGAACAACAGACCAGCAAGAUCCUCCAGCAGUAUCAAUGCCGCCUGGAGGACAGCGAGCGCCGCCUAAAGCUGCAGCAGUUGGAGAAGGAUUCUCAAAUCAAAGGCAUCAUUCACAGACUCCUGGCUGUGGAGGAUGAGCUGAGAGGGGGUGCCAUUCCUGAUAUUCAGCCUCGAAUCCUCACAGACCAGUCUAUCAGCCAGGGCUAUGGGGGCCACCCAGGAUCCUGACUGUCAGCUCCAAAGUGACCAGAGUUCAUGAUGGUCACUCAAGUGUAAGAGGGCUGAUUCAGAUGUUCCUUAAGGAAAAACCCCAAUCAAGACAGAGCUCUGCAAAGGACACCUGGAUGCAUCAUGUCACAACAACAUCGAGAACAAGAACAAACACAUGCACAAUUUAAAAAUUUAGCCUCAACCCAACCUUGACAAUCAUCCUGAUGUGAGGACCAAUAUGUGUGGGGAUUUCUUUGCACAUAUUGACUGAAAUAUAAGCCAGUGCCACAAUAAUGGCAAUAGUGUACCUACUGACAUUUUGAAACUGUACAGCAGAAUGUAAAACCGGGUGUUAAAACAAAAGCAGGAAGAUGGAGUGAGAUUUUACCAUCCAGCUUGUAACAAACACAGUUAUCCAUCAUGGCAACACUCCCAACAACCUGUUGUUACAAGAUGCGCCAUCAAUGAUUUUGCCAUGCAGAAUCCAAACAAAGACCUGUUUUCUCUUUGAUUAUUGGACGACAAUGAAACAAUUAAACAAUGUUUAGUUUAAUAUAGAGAUUCUGUAAGUUUUGCAAUUCGAUAUACAAGUCCUACUAUGAGUUGCUUCACACAAAAUCCUUAUCAUCUCGUUUAUUUUUUCCUUUGCACAGUUUAGACUUUCAAUGUAUUAAAUAGCUAAUUAUUUUAAAACUCAACAUUUAUUAAUUAUUUUAGUCGAAUUCUUUUUUAUUGUAACAAAUUAUAUUCUAAGUAUACUUAGCAAUUCAAAGCAGUGAUACAAAGAGGAAUACUAGUUUAUAUCAAACGGCACCCAGAUUUUUUAGCAGAAGUCAGUAUUAAUGCUGUAAAUUUGUUAAGCUGUUCUUACUAAAUGCAGUAAAAAGUUUCCAAGAUAAAUUUGAAGUUUCUUUCAACAUCAAGACUCUGUUUAAUUGAACAGAAAAUGCUAAAUAAAAGGUAGUUUCCUUUGGUUUGGUUUUACACUGUACCGCUUAGGUAGGACGAAAACAUCAUGCAGUAACAACUGCUUGUUUGGGGGCACUGUUUUCCUAGAACAAGCUUUAACAAGAAACAAAGCAAAAAGAAAAACAAAAAACAAACAAACACAGAAAACACAAAGAGAAUUGGCCAGUAACAAUGAAGGAGUGUCUUCACGUGAUUACUACACCAUACAUUCAAGUCUAUUCUUUUUAGUACGUAGCACUUCUUUUGGAUUGGGCUGUAGGCAGUUUUUUAAAAUUCAAAAUACAGCAUCACUGUGUUUUUCACACUGUAGGGCGCACCAAGUUAUAGUGCGAGCGUCAAUAAAUGGUCUAGUUUCGAACUUGUUUGCACCAAACUAUAAGGCACACUAAGCAAGACAAAAGGGUCAACGAUAAAUCCAUCAGUCAGCCAGACUCUAUUAACUGGGUUUACAGUAGUUCUAGAACUUGUUUGUAACAUGCGACACGUUAGCUACACUACCCUACUUUCUGUCUUUAUUAGUAACACGUGUAAAAACAAAGGUUGUGUCCGUAUUCCCACCCUAACCCCUAACUGCUAAAAAAUGAUAUAGUGCGGCACUAUGUAGUGCCGUGAAUUUUAAAAGCAACUCGGACACCAUGCUCACUACUUUUUUUUUAAUGGUGGAUAUGACGUCAUUGAUUUCACGAAGUUAAAAUCGAAUUAAAAUGAGCUUUUUGUGACGAUAACUUGAGUCCACAGUCUUUUGAAGGUAAAAAUGUUGAUGGUUUAUCAAAAAAUUACAUUUAAAUACAUUUUUUUUAUUAAAUGUUCCGACACAAUGCAUUGGGUUCUAUAUUCAAUAACAAUAACACCUAACCUUAAAUGCUAUAAAAAAAAAAAAAAACCAGACUGGUACCGCUAAAACAAACAUUACUGUGACUGCCCUAGCUUUUAACCUUGUUAGUAAAACAACACAGUUUAAUAACGCUACAUGUUACCUGCAUUAGCAAAUUCACAAUAAUACCCAUCCUUGUUUGCAACCCUAAAAACAGACUGAUGCAGCUAAAACAAACGUUACUGUGAUUAUGCUAACUCCCAACCUUGUUAGUAACACAAAAAAUAUUGUCCACCACUGCUACACGUUAGCUGCGUUAGCAUAUUCCCAAUAAUACCUAACUUUGUUUGCAUCUUGUAAAAAAAAACAAAAAUAAAAAACAGACUGAUACAGCUAAAAUAAUUGUUACUGUGACUAGGCUAACUCCUAAUCUUGUCAGUAACGUGCAAUGAAAACUCAGUUCGACACCACUACAUGUUAGAAAUGUUAGCAUGUUCCCAAUAACACCUAAUGUUGUUUGCAUUUUGUAAAAAUACAUAGUGAUACCUCCAAAAAAUUGUUACUGUGACCACGCUAACUACCAACCUAGCACAACCAGAUUGUAAAGUUCACUGUUUUUUUGAAAAGAAAUUAAAGUUUUUAGGUGCGCCUUAUAGUGCGGAAAAAUAUUUAAUUUUUUUUUUUUUUUUUUGCCUAUAUAGCUAAAAUGCAAUGAAACUAAAGGAAUCAUAUACAUGGAGUAGACAGCUUUAGGCACUUGCUAAACGAGACGGGUCUAUGUGUAGACCAAACAGUGUGAAUGCAGCCUUAAAAUAAUUUUAAAGAAUUCAUAGCAAUUUAGGGAAAAAAGAUAUUUAAAUUACUUUUUUGUAAUGCACAUUAAAUAAGCUAUUUUACUUAAAUAAAGUUUGUUAAGUUUUUCUUUUUUUCAUUUCCCCUAACAGUUGUGAAUUAGUCACUUUGAGUUGAUGUAUGAGACAAAACAAACAUUGAAACACAAUGCCUUUACUUUUAGGUAUUUUUUUUUCCUAUUCCCAAACCUUUUUUGCUUAUGAGAUUUAGUAAUAAAAAUACCACCCUUUUUUUUAGAAUGGGAAAGAAAUUUAAAAUUUCAACCCAUGUUUAACUAGAGAAUCAUAAAAUUAUUGCUAGAAAUGAUAAAACCUUUGCCUUACCCCCUUUGUAACACUGGUUUGAAAUGUGGAAAUGAGGAACUGUGAUGACUCUAAUCAUAUAAAAAUGUGCAUUUACAUACCUAAAAUAUAUCAACUAGUGUAUUAACUGUUUGUGUUAUGUUUCUAGAACACAGAUGUACGAAAGUUUAACAUGUCCUUUGAAAAUGCUGAUAUUCUAAUUUACAAAACAACUUUUAGACUCGACUUUCUUAUUGUAAGGCCUCUUUUUUUUGUCCAACCCGCUAACUCUUCCAUCUUUUUUGCGAAGAGCGUGGCAUUCAGUCUUUUGCAUUAUACAGCAUGAGGUUUAGUUGAAGAAAUAAGUGGACAUCAGAGGACGGACAGGGAGAACAACAGAACAUAAAGAAGCAGGGAUAUGUAGUAUAUGUGCAUAGGAUUUGACCGCCUUACAGUUUGCAACAGGGCCCAAAAGUAACGCCAAUACAAAAACCUGUAAACUUUGUAUAAUAAAUGUCCUUUUUUGUAGUUAAGUGAUAAAUUAAUAAACAGUGAUAGUUAACUGAAUGUUAGUCAGAACCAUAUCUACAUAACAGAUUUUCUGAUUCAUAGGAUUUAACCUUUUGCCUUUUAAAGACAUUAUUUCAAGAUAAAUGAUACAAAAGUUAAAUGUUUAUGUUACCUAACAUGUAUAAAAUAGCGUAGUGUAUAUCUAUUCUUAUAUGUAAAACGUAUUGAAAUCAAGGGUAGACCUUCAGGCAUGCUGAAGUUGUGGCAAAAGCUAAUAACUCUUAAUGCUGCAAUCCAGAACGACAGUGCUAUACGGGAAGACAGCCAAUUAAAUUCCCAGCGGAGCACUUUUCCGUUUCAGAUGACGUAAUUAUGAACUUUAGCUCACCAAUGUUUUAAAACCAAAAUAGAUGUGGUGCUUUUAAAAAUGCUGGAUUGCAGUUUUAAGUUUUUUUUCUUCGUUUUUGCUCAAAAUUAUGAGUUUUUAUUAUUUUUAUUUUUUUUGGAAUACAAUUCUUUAAUAGUCACACUGUCUUUUUUCAAAUUUACAGAUAGCUACUAUCCAUUGUCUUUAAGAUAUGCUUUUAAAGAUCUAAAACUAUUUAAGAUGUCCAUGUAUCAUUGAACAGUUGUCUGUUUUAGCUGCAGUGGUAGCGUGCUACCUCUAAAUCCUGUCCUCAUUGGGAAUUUAUUGAGAAAAAUCUGGAUUUUUCUAAGAAACCUCUAGUUGCUAACAUUCGUUCUAUAAACUUACUACUGUCAUAAGUAUCACUGAAAUUACUCCAGAUGUUGUUCUCAGAGGGAACUUUUUAACUGUCAAAGCCACAAAAACGUAAACAUUUGUUUUUUUGAUGAAAAUGUACUUAAUGCAAAGAAAUUCAAAGAUCACAGCGACAUUUAAUAAAGCAAAACGAAUAAUAAAAAAAAUCAUUAAAUUUUAUAAAUCAAAACAACAUUCCAAAUCAAAAUACAACAAAAAAAAAUUUCAACUAAAUUAAAAAAAAAGUUUCAGAAAACAAAAGUAAUUUCCAGAAAUCAAACUGAAAUGUUAAACAACAAAACACAAUAAGACACAAGAAAAGGUUGGUAUCAUGGGACGAUGCUGAUUGGAUGAUGAAAUUUGAGUUUUAAUGUUUUGUUUGUUUGUUUUUUGGUUUGUUUUAAUGUGUCUUUCAUGUCCACACACUAAUAAAAGAUUUAAGUGCAAUGCAUAUCCAAUAUUGCUUAAUGUCAAAUAACUUGGCUAGAAGGAUGGAGUAACAUCAUCAAAUCAGGAUGUCCCAUGCUACCUACCUUUUCCUGUUUCCGUAAAAAAAAACAAAAAAAAAAAACACUUUGAGAAAUUUUUUUUUCUAUAAAUUAAAAUGAAAUGUUGAAAAGUUUUCAGAGUUUUUCUUUUUUUUUCUUUUUUAAGAGAAACCAGAAAAAGUAGGUACUGUGGGACAUUGCUGAUUGAAUGGUGACUAUGUUGGUUUAGACUACAUCAUAGUUUGCCCACUUGACUCACUGAAAUAGGUACCUAUGUUGUAGGUUGA